AUACUUCAACUGAAUGAGCGUCAUAUUGUACGUAAUGGAGUCGAUGUUCUGUUGAACAUAGUUUUUCUUACAACAAAUAGUGUUUUCUCAAGAAAAAUCACAUAAAAGUUUGUGUUAAUGUGCAUCAUUGGAUUACAGUGAAUGAUAUACAACAAUUUAUGGAUUCCACCGACAGAAUUAUCAACUCCAACAACCUCACCCGCCUGUCAAUGUCUGGUGAUUGGUGCGGUACGAAUAUAAAUCUGUUUUGCGGGCGUGAUUGAUAGAGCCAGGUCUAUCGACGGGUUCAUGGUUUUGCGAGGGCACUUGGAUUGCAAAACGCAAUCAAAUGAAGGUAUGGCUUCCGAUCAGCCCGUUAAGAAGAAGCAGCGUAUAGACGCGCCCGACAUUGACGAUGGCAGCGACAGGUCGGCCGAAGAGAUCACUGAUAUAUUUGACUCGGAAACGUCUCCAGCGGAGCCAUCAGACGACUUUCCUCGAAAUGGUGAGUCUCCCGACAGCGGAACCGUUAGUGAGGACGCCGUGGACUGCUCAACGAUCCUCCGGCUUCCUAGUGAAGAAAUAAUACCAUCCUGUUCAAGUACAACCCAGCAAUGGACAGUGGCUGACGACAAACUACUUGCUGAGCUAAGAAUUCUACAAGAAAACCUUGUAGGUCAGUGUCUUUGCACGGUAGAAGAACACAAAGUCUCACAAAUGUUUGAUAGACGGCUACACAUUGUAUCAUGGCCGUUAACAUGCUCAUUGACUUAUUUAUCCACAAUGCAGCUAAUGUUUGACAUCUAUUUAAAACAAAAUAAUACUGGCACAAUAUGUUCAAAGUUAAUGCAAGCUUGCGACAUGCUUGUGAGGAACAGGAAUGAUUGGAUUACAGAAGUUGUAGAACUUGCUGACCAUAAAAGCAAAUUCAUUACAUUUGUGGCCAGUAGAGUGUUAGCAAGCUUUCUCAUAGUCGCUAAAGACACUGUUGAUGAGAACUGGCUCCAACAAAUUGCUGAAAACAUCUACCUUUUUGAUAGAAUAAAUAGAAUAACAGUACAAAAGAUUAACUUUAGUCUUGAUAUUAUUAAAAGGAUAGUUGAAUGGAAGGAUGUGGAACAGCAUCCAUUGGAAGAUAGCAAUUACAUCAACUCGGUGGGCAAUAUGCAUGUUCAGGAAGACAAUCCGUUCAGGAGUAGUGUUGGUUACAGUACAAGUCAGAUGCCAUCCAGCUCCCAUGGAGACAAUUUGCAUAAUGAGUUUUCGAAUCUUCAAACACAUGGUGCAGCCUCGACAUCCUCGGAUGAAAAGCCUGCUGAAACCAAGCCGGCUACAUUCAAACUUCACGAGCCAGUGCUAAAGUUUCCUAUGGACCAGCAAGUUAGUGGGAUAGAGCAGCCGGAAUCCCCUGAGCCUCCAGCGUCUAGAAUGGAACGGGUCAAUGAGAAUGGAUGUGUAACAGUCAUACUGACAGACUCGGAGUCAUUUGACACUUCACACAUCAAAUGCUUGACCAUAAAGACGUUAGAGCAGCACUGGCCUGUCCUAGUUAAGAACAUGAAGCUCCUACUCCUCCGGUACCUGAAUUUAGCGAAUGCUGAAAACUGUAUACUAACAUUUUUCUCACUAUGGGAGAAUAUUAUUAGUGUAAAAGCCAACCUCUCAGUGAUAGACACUAAGCCAUUUUACGCUGAUUUACAGGGUUUUGUAGAUUUGUUAAGGAACACCAUUCUCCCGAGCAUGGUGUACACGCAUUUAUUAAGUUUGUUUAACGAAGUUUUAUGCUAUGGCUCCACAUUGGCGCUACAAGACAUUUUGCCUGAAGAGAUAUGUUGUUUAGCGCACUCUAUUGUCAGAUUCGUGAAAGAUUUCAGGCUUCUCAAUGAUGUAAGAGUCCGGAACAGUAGAAGUGGUUUUGGCUUCCUAGGGAAUGAAUGCACUGUUCUCAGGGACUACUCUCUAGGUCCCACAGUUACGCCACUUUCAGCCUCUAUACAAUUGGUAGAUCAAAGCUAUGGAGAUGAUGAUAACGAUGAUUCCAACCAGUCUAACACUGAAGUAGACAAAACUAUGUUACAAAGAAUGUCACUAUUAGUUCUAAAAUCCAUAGCAGUAACGGUUAAAGAGAUGAGAUGCGAUUCCUCAGACAGUUCUAUUGAUUCUUCCGAUUAUAAUGCCAUACAAGACAUGCAAAUAGUAGAAAGAUCUAUACGCGACGUCUUGAAAAAACUGGAUGUUUUCAUUAGAAACACUAUGGAAUUCCACCCAGAGACUCCUUUUACUAAAAUGCUGAUACACUUAUUUAGUGAACAGGAUGACUAUUUAAUUGAAUCCAUGGUGUGCACUUUGGAUAUAACAGUUGGUAUUGUGUACAGAAACUCUAUGUAUCCCGAUUUAAUACCUAUGCUGAACCCAAUAGCUUCUUUUAUAGAAUUCUUGAAAGUAGUUUCGCAUGAUAGUGAUGUGUUACUAGACUAUUUGGUCAGCAAUGAGACGUGUUUCUUGCUAUAUUUGCUUCGGUUUCUCAAAUACGUUAGGCGUAACUGGCCGAAGUUUAUCGAAACGUGUCAGCACACUGACUCGGCGGGCAGCAGAGGCCUGGACGACACUAUGCGGGUUUUAAUACGGCUUAGACUGCAGAUCAGUAGACUGGUAUCACGAUCUUUGUUCCCGUAUAAUAUCAGUCCAGUGUUGAGACUGUUGGAGGUGUGUGAGAGUCUUUAUGAAGGGAAUGAAUUGAGCUGAAAAUUCAUGUAUGACUUGAUAUGGAUAGUCUGACUCAGAGAUAUCUGAUGUGUAUUUCUGAGUACCAUAGCCCUAUUUGCCCUAUUAUUUGCAUAUGGAUACAGUUGUUAUAGGGGCAUUAGAACUUAUCUCUUCCCAACUUGUUUUGUAUGAAAUGGAUAAAAUCGGAUAGAAUCGCUAUAAAAUAAAUAAAUCAAAUGAAAUGGAAAUAAGUGAAAAGCUACCUCAUCAUGUCAUCAUCUUCCUUGCGUUAUCCCGGCAUUUUUCCACGGUCCCGCGAGCCCGGGGUCCGCUUGGCAACUAAUUCCAAGAAUUAGCAAAGGCACUAGCUUAUACAAAAGCGACUGCCAUCUGACUUUCCAACCCAGAGGGUAAACUAGGCCCUUAUCGGGAUUAGUCCGAUUUCCUCACGAUGUUUUCCUUCACCGAAAAGCGACUGGUUAGUAUCAAAUGAUAUUUCGUAUCCGUUCCGAAAAACUCAUUGGUACUAGCUGGGUUGAAGCCACGACCUCCGGCCGGAUUGAAUGUCGCACGCUCUAACCGCUAGGCCACCAGCGCUCCUCCUGAAAAAACUACCUGUAGAAAUAAAAUGCAAUAGGGUAAUUCGCCAGUAACUGGCCGCCCGAAACUAAAAAUGUAUUCUAUUCACCUAUAAAUAGAAUUCAUUUUAGUAUAAGGUGGCCAGUUAUUGAAACCUUAUACAAAAAUGAAUUCUGUUUAUAGGGGAAUAGAAUUCAUUUUUAGUUUACGGCGGCCAGACACUAAAACCGACCAGUUACUGGCGAAUUAACCUACAACAAAUUAUUGAAAUAAUACAAAGACUGCAAUCCCGAAAUAAUACAUUCCAAAAUGUCUUACUUGUUAUUAUGUUAGAAUUAAAAUUGUCUAAGUUAAUUUAUAUCAACUGUAAUUUGAUGUAAUUUAUGUAGCUAUUCUUUUAGUUUAGGUAAUAUAUUGCAUGUAUGUUUAUUUUAAAUUUCUAUUAUCAGAAGUCUUCCUUUAAUAUGGGCUUAUGUUUUUCACUAAAUAGUCAAUGUUUUUGAACAAAUUAUAUGAAGAUUAAAAUAAUUAUUGUAGAAGGUGGCUUUAGGAAAUAAAAACCAUACAACCUGGCUCCUAUUUCGUAAGCGGUAACCGUAGCCCACGGAUGCCUGUGACAUCAGCAACAGUGAUGUUUUACAAUUGUCGCACCUGUCACCGAUGUGAAAUUGGGGCCUGAUGGUGACAAUUCAAAUUGUCUUCAUAUUUAAUAGUUUACUGUAACGAAAAGUAUAUAGCGAAAAUAGCCCUAUAGGUAAUCGACAUGUUAAGACCCAAUCAAUAUUCGACACGUUGCCGUCAACUUUAUUGUUAUGAUAAAACCGGGCAAGUGCGAGUCGGACUCGCGCACGAAGGGUUCCGUACCAUAAUGCAAAAAAAAAAGCAAAAAGAAAACGGUCACCCAUCCAAGUACUGACCCCUCCCGACGUUGCUUAACUUUGGUCAAAAAUCACGUUUGUUGUAUGGGUGCCCCAUUUAAAUCUUUAUUUUAUUCUGUUUUUAGUAUUUGUUGUUAUAGCGGCAACAGAAAUACAUCAUCUGUGAAAAUUUCAACUGUCUAGCUAUCACGGUUCGUGAGAUACAGCCUGGUGACAGACGGACGGACGGACAGGUCCCGUUUUACCCUUUGGGUACGGAACCCUAAUUAUGAUUGAAAAUGUCGAUUAUUGGAGCUGUGUCCGGGCACUGGAGCCUCUACGUUACAUAUAAAACUUUUUUGACAAAUCUUGUUGGGCUGGUCCACCUUGUCAAAGAUUUUCGAGUGAAAAACAUGUGAAACGCUCAAUUAUGUGCCUUAACGUAACAUUAUUAAAGGUGCUUUUAAUCUAAUUUGAAAGAUCGUGUUUUUGCACAUAAUACAUAAAGUAUACAAAUGCAUUUUUAUUUGCAUAAUAAUUUUAACCGUAAAUAAAAUAUAUUCGUAUAAUUUAAGCUACAUUAUAGGUUUGAAAGUAAUGAUAUACAUAAUGGUUGUAUUAUAUAAUAGUUAGUUAGUUGACUUAGUUGUAAGUUGCAUAAAAAAUGCGGGGGUGUAUAUAACAUUUUUACUAAAUUAUAUUUCAUGCCACAAUGUUGUAAAUAUGUCGCCAUCAUUUACCAUAAUAUUAGUAUCUGUAAUAUCAGUAUUAAAGAAAUGCCCUUAUUUAUUAUUUAAGGUGUGGUGUACAGUCGAUGUCAAAAAUAUGUUUACACUUUUGCACCCCCUUUGUAAUAAGGCGAAAAAUGUAAACAUGUCCGUGACGUCGACUGUACGUUGGCAAACUGAAGUAAAACAAGCGUAGCAAAUAUUAAAUAGGUAUGUAAAAACCGGCCAAGUGCGAGUCGGACGCAUGAAGGUUUCCGUACCGUUUACGCAAAAACGGCAAAAAAAUCACGAUAAUUUUAUGGCAGCCCCGGUUCUCUUAUUUAUCGCCGAAAAUGGUAUGGCCGAUUAUCACUUUCCAAGUCACGUUUGGCGGAAUUUUACUUAAACUAUAUAUUAUAUUCUGUUUUUAGUAUUUGUUGUUAUAGCGGCAACAGAAACAUCAUCUGUGAAAAUUUCAAGUGCCUAUCACGGUUCAUGAGAUACAUCCUGGUGACAGACAGACAGACGGACAGCGGAGUCUUAGUAAUAGGGUCCCGUGUCUACCCUUUGAGUACGGUUUUUCGCUUUUUUUAUGCGCCUAUAAUUUACUUCUGUUUGCCAUCUCACAGCACAUCGUCACUUCGACUACGGGAUCUUUUUAUUUAGAAUAUAAUUGUAGCUUUUAAGAGUUAGGGAACAACAUACAGACUGGUUUUAUAUAUAUCUAAUUACGCGUUUUCAGACAAGAUCUAAAAUCAUAGAAAACUUGUAUUUAUUACAGAAAUAUGGCUUUUAUGUAUAUGUACUUAGAAUCUCAAAUCAUAUUUAUUUAAUUUUCCGUGUUGUUAAAUGAAUUACGAAUUUACCUAAUUAUUACGCUUUGUAUUUUCUGUAACCCCACGUAAAUGACAGAUCUUGCCAAUAAUGUCCUAAAAUCUGUCAAACUACCCUCAUAAAAUAUUUUUGGAUAUGUAUUUUGUAAUUUCAUUUUGAAAAAUUCUAAAUUUCGUAUUGAACUAAGUUAUUCCAUAAGUUGUUAUUGUUAAGUAACAAUAAUUUAACAUCAAUAAAGCGAAAUAUUUUUAA